AUGAAGCAGAUUUACUUAAAAGGCAACAAACUAAGAAGGCUUCUCGACUUGGGAGAAAACGGCAUCCUCACAUCCCAAGCUUUGACACAGGCGAGGAGCGUGAAGAGGGAGAAUCAGAGCAGCAUGUCUGAGUUCCUCCUCCUGGGGCUCCCUAUCUGGCCAGAGCAGCAGGGUGUGUUCUUUGCCCUGUUCCUGGGCAUGUACCUAACCACGGUGCUGGGCAAUCUGCUCAUUGUCCUGCUCAUCAGGCUGGACGCUCGCCUCCACACCUCGAUGUACUUCUUUCUCAGCCACUUGGCCCUCACUGACGUCUCCUUUUCAUCUGUCACCGUCCCAAAAAUGCUGAUAAACAUGCAGACUCAGGAUCAAUCCAUCCCCUAUGCAGGGUGCAUAACACAGAUGUAUUUUUUCCUGUUUUUUACUGGUCUGGAUGACUUUCUGCUCACCUCGAUGGCCUAUGAUCAGUACAUGGCCAUCUGUCACCCUCUCCACUACAGCACCAUCAUGGGACAGGGGCUGUGCACCUUACUAGUAACUGUGUCCUGGAUUCUCUCCUGUGCCAAUGCCCUGUGUCACACCCUCCUCCUGACCCAGCUGUCCUUUUGUGCUGACCACAGCAUCCCCCAUUUCUUCUGUGACCUUGGUGCCCUGCUGAAGCUCUCCUGCUCAGACACAUCCCUCAAUGAGCUGGCCAUUUUCACAGCAGGAGUGGCCAUCAUCAUCCUCCCACUAGUAUGCAUCCUGAUCUCUUAUGGAUGCUUUGGGGCCACCAUUCUGAAGGUCCCCUCCACCAAGGGGAUCUGCAAAGCAUUGUCCACAUGUGGCUCUCACCUCUCUGUGGUGUCUCUGUAUUAUGGAACAAUUAUUGGGCUGUAUGUUUUCCCCUCAUCCAGCACCUCCAGGGACAAGAUCACCAUUGCCUCUGUGAUGUACACAGUGGUCACUCCACUGCUGAACCCCUUCAUUUAUAGCCUAAGGAACAGGGACAUGACGGGGGCCCUGGAGAGACUCUUGCACAGGGCAAAAGUCUUGUCUCAAUGA